CCGGUUUUUACUCGCUUUCCCCAAGAGCGAAGCUAACUUGGCAUGCAGACAAGAAAACGAUCAUUCAAAAGCUAAAACAAUAUUCAGAAAAGACAAAGUAAAAGAAACGUUUUCUGAUGUAUAUCUAUUUGAACUUCUAGUACUGCCUUUAACACUUGGAGUUUCUCUGCUUUUGCUCUAUAUUGAAGUGAGAAGGUGACACAGAAAGAAGUAGGCAAGAGAAUUUGAAGGUAUGGAAAAGUUGUCUAGUAGUGGGUUGAGCCACAUAUUCAUGACAGUGUUUCUUCACUGCUUCUCUGCAUUCAUGGUGAUUCCUGCCAUUACUGAUAUCACCAUGUCUGCCAUUUGUCCUGGAAAAGAUGAAUGCUCCCUCGCUAUAUAUCUCACUGGAUUUCAACAUGCGAUAAUAGGAUUGGGAUCACUGAUUAUAAUGCCAGUGUUGGGGAAUCUGUCGGACACGUAUGGAAGAAAAGUCAUGCUGACAGUCCCUUUGACCCUUUCCAUAUUUCCUCUAGUGAUAUUGGCAUACAGCAGGACAAAAUACUUUUUCUAUGCUUACUACGUCCUAAGAACUCUCGUUGCUAUGGUUUGCGAAGGAAAUGUACACUGCCUUGCUCUUGCCUAUGUGGCUGAUGUAGUUCCAGAGAGCCGCCGUGCCUCUGUCUUUGGAGUCCUCUCCGGGAUUGCUUCCUCUGCUUUUGUCUGUGGAAAUCUCUCUACUCGCUUCCUCUCCACUGCUUCCACUUUCCAAGUUGCUGCAACAGUGGCAGUGAUAGCUCUGGUAUACACGAGGAUGUUUCUCCCAGAACCUUUGAUAAAGGACCAUAUUUCUGCUAAAGGAAUAGAGACAAUUUGUCUUUUGGAAAAAUCUCCAAAGAAAAACCUCCAAUUAUUCAAGACACUGCCUUCUUUCAACGAUGUGCUCUGUUUGUUAAGCAAUAGCUCAACAUUCUUACAUGCAGCUAUUGUUUCUUUCUUUGUCAAUGUUGCACAAGUUGGCCUUGAGUCCUCUCUUCUUUAUUUCUUGAAGGCCCAGUUUCACUUCAACAAAGACCAAUUUGCUGAUUUGCUUAUAAUUUCUGGGAUUGCAGGAUCCAUAUCACAGCUUCUUCUCAUGCCCAUAUUAGUUCCUGCUCUUGGAGAGGAGAAGCUGCUCUCUGUUGGACUCUUUUUCAGUUGUGUUCAUAUGUUACUUUAUAGCAUUGCUUGGUCCUCAUGGGUCCCUUAUGCUAGCGCUUUGAUCUCUAUUAUGUCUAUUUUUGCGAUGCCAUGUUUGAAGAGCAUGGCCUCCAAGCAGGUUGGGCCAAAUGAGCAGGGAAAGGUUCAAGGAUGCAUCACAGGCAUAUGUUCCUUUGCGACCGUAGUUUCCCCAUUAAUUUUUAGUCCUUUAACAGCUUUAUUUCUAUCAGAACGUGCACCCUUUCAUUUCCCAGGAUUUGGUCUAGCAUGUGCUGCCUUUGCUUUAUUGCUAGCCUUCAUUGAGAGCUUCAUGAUAAGAUCACCUCAUCCGGUAACCAAUUGCAGUCUAAGCAAUUCAGAUUCAGCAGAACCGUAGUCUUGCAAUUGAAGUGUAAUGGCUCUAAACCAUAAGGCCAUUUCUUUAUAGUUCAAUCUAUUCAACUUCAUCGACAGGGUAUUAUGGCAUACUGAAGGAAGCCUGAAAUUUGAUACGGAGCGAUUAUGUUGUCAUAUCGUUAGCUUGGCUUCUGUCUUGCAGAAAUAUUUGGAUUACUGCAGCCUCCAAGAAAAUAUGGUCAGAUCUGCUUGUACUAUAGACUAUAGAGAAGUGUUGCUUGUCAAUAGUGUUAUUUUACAUCUUAGAUGACUCCGUAAUUGAUUGCUCAGAGGAAAUUAAAAUGCGUACAUAUGUAUGAUAGUGAUGAUAUACUAGGAAGAUUUCCUUUCUUUUAAAUUCAA